AUGUUGGCAUGGCUGACACGCUGCCUGCCGGGGUUUAGCAUCAUCGGCCUGGCAAUUUUGUUGCUGUGUGCCUUCUCCGACAUUUGCAAAUCCGCCCUGUGGAAGAGCUUCUUCCCUUCGAACCCAGUUCACCCCAGCAAGCCCUCGCCGCAAGAUGGAUUCUGGAGCGGGCUCAACCUGGCUCAGGCCAUCUUCAUCAUCUAUGCGGUGCUUAUCCACUGCCAUAUGCUCGGUUUCACGCUGCGCCUAGGAUGGUCCAUCUUCAGCGCGACUACUAGCGCAAAGCAGGCCUUUAACCGGCGCAUAUGGCGCAGUCCUGUCCAGUCACCUCAGAUGACUGGCGAGGAGCUGAUUGAACAGCCACUGUCCCCGAUCUCGCUGGCUUCCGACUCGUCGAUUUCCAAGAAGUUUGACGAUGCCAAUAUUACCGUCAACGAGCUCCAAGAGGAGGAGCUGAUCCAUGCAAUUAUCAUUCCCAACUAUUGCGAGGACCUGCACACUUUGGAGACCACCCUCAAGGUAUUGGCUAGCCACCCGCGAGCUCAAAGACAUUAUGAGAUUUAUCUGGCCAUGGAACAGAAGGAGGCUUCAGCCACCGACAAAGCAUCCCACUUGGUUUCCAUGUUCGAAAAAUCUUUCCUGCACAUUCGAUCUACCUUCCAUCCCACUGGCAUCCCGGGUGAAAUUGCUGGCAAGAGCUCUAAUGUAGCCUGCGCCGCGCGCUCGAUUAUCGAGAUCCAUCGCCCGGAGCUGAAGAUGGAUUGUUGCAAUGUCGUGGUCACAGUUAUGGAUGCGGACACUCAUCUCUCGCGCGACUACUUUAGCGAAAUCCGCCGUCUACACUACUCGCACAUCACCGAGGCUGACCGGUCUCUUUAUUGCUGCCCUAUCAUUUUUGACCGCAACUCCCACGAGAGCCCUGCUCUCGUCCGAUGUGCCGAUCUGCUUUGGGGCUUUGCUGGUUUGUCUACCAUGUACCCCGGUACCUGGAUCUCCAUCCCUACCUCCGUCUAUUCCCUCCCACUCUCCAUGGCCGAGAAGGUCGGUGGAUGGGACGCUGAUCCUACUGCUAUCGGCGAGGACAUGCACAUGCUGCUUAAAUGCUACUUUGAGACGGCCGGCAAUGUCAUCUCGCGCGUGAUCCACGUUCCAGCCAGUCAAUGCAAUGUCUCUGCCGACGGAGGUCGUGGCUGGCGCCGUACAAUUGAUACCCUCUUCGCCCGGUACCGCCAGGCUUUGCGACACAUGUGGGGAGCUCUGGAUUCGGGAUUCGCAGCGCGUCGCACAAUGAGCUACCUCCGCUUCAACCAGCGGUGUCUCUUCCUGCGCCCACGCCACUUUGCCCUCCUCGAGCUCCUCUGGGAAGCCCACUUUAUGCCCUGCCAUCUCACGAUCAUCAUGCUAUUUUCCGUUAUAUACUCCAAUUGGGUGCCCGCUUCGCAACUGCACCCCUCGCUGGCCUGGGCCUUCUCCUUCACGGACCUGCUUCGCGCGCUCUCUUUCAUUGGAAUGAAUAUCUGUCUGAGUCUGUACGAACGCUGGCACACACUCUGCCUCAACACUCGGAUGCAAGACAUGCGCGAGGCUAAUCUCCCCGACACUGGCUGCUCCCAGCGCAUCUGGUACCGACCAAAGUACCUGCUGGACCGAGUAUGUUUCCCCGUCGCGGGUACCGUCUUCGGCGCCGUGCCAACGCUGCACGCCGUAUUUGCGCACUUCUGGACAGACCGGUUGGUCUACCGCGUCAGCAAGAAGCCGACUUUCAACGCGGAUGCAGUAGGUCUUGAAUAA